CAGGGGAAAAACAACACUGUGUUACUUACUCUAUAAGAUAGAACUUCCAGGGCUAUGCUUAACCAGCAGCGCGAGAUAAACAUCAGAAAUGGCUCUAUUACCACAACUGAACCAGUUAUGGCAAUUACAUGAGCUACAAUUGAAAACACUCUUUCAUCCCCUGCUUCUCUCUGUUUUCUUCCUUUCCUUUCUGUUUCUCUUUAAACGCAGAAGAUCAUCAUCAUCAUCAAGUGGGAAAGUACUAAACUUGCCUCCUUCACCACCAAAGUUUCCAAUAAUCGGAAACAUCCACCAACUGGGUUCACUCCCACAUCGCUCCCUGAGAGCACUUUCACAAAAACAUGGCUAUGAUCUCAUGCUUUUGCAGUUGGGUCAAGCUGCAACGCUUGUGAUUUCAUCAGCAGAGAUGGUGAAUGAGAUCUUGAAGUCACACGACAUCGUCUUCUCCAACCGUCCCAAAACCACCGCUGCUGAUAUCUUACUCUAUGGUUGCAAAGACGUCGGAUUCGCUCCUUACGGCGAGUAUUGGAGACAGGUUCGCAAGAUCAGUGUUCUUGAGCUUCUGAGUGUGAAAAGAGUGAAUCAGUUUCAGUUUGUGAGGGACCAAGAGGUUGAACUUUUGGUCGGUAGGAUAAGAAAAGCAAGCCAAAGUGGAAGUUCUAUAAAUAUAAGCGAGUUGCUGAUGGCAAUCUCCAACAAUAUAGUGGCUAGAUGUGUACUUGGACUGUCUGUUGUGGAUGAAAAUGGUAAGAGCAGGUUCGGAGAGGUAGCGAGGAAGCUUAUGGUUCAGUUAACCGAAUUCUGCAUCGCCGAUUUCUUCCCUAGUUUGAGAUGGAUUGAUGCUCUUAGAGGCUAUAUUGGACGCUUGAAAGAAACUUUUGCGGAAAUGGAUGCUUUCUUUGAUGAGGUUAUCGAAGAACGCAAAGCAGCACUUGGGAAGGAUUCCGGAUCUUCUGAUGCAAAAGACUUCAUCGAUAUUCUCCUCCAACUCCAAAAGGAUGAGAUGCUUGGCUUUGAGCUCGCUCAAAGCGACAUCAAAGGAAUUCUAAUGGACAUGUUUUUGGGUGGAAGUGAUACGACUUCCACAGCACUGGAAUGGAUGAUGUCCGAGCUAAUGAGAAAUCCAGAAGUGAUGAAUAAAGCUCAAGAAGAGGUUAGAAGAGUGGUGGGGAAAAAGCCCAAGAUAGAUAUGGAUGAUAUAAACAAAAUGGAGUACAUGAAAUGUGUUGUGAAAGAAAAUCUAAGAUUGCAUCCUCCAGUUCCUCUUCUAGUUCCUCGAGAAACAACGAAAGACAUCGAAAUGGGAGGCUACCAUAUUCCUGAAAAAACAAGGGUGUUCAUCAAUGCUUGGGCAAUCCAAAGGGAUCCAAGAAUGUGGUUGGACAGGCCAGAGGAGUUUGUACCAGAGAGGUUUAUGAAUUCUAAUGUUGAAUUUAAAGGUCAAGAUCUUCAACUUAUUCCAUUUGGGUUUGGAAGAAGAGGAUGUCCUGGAGUGACAUUUGGGGUUUGCUCCACUGAAUAUGUGAUUGCAAACCUUCUGUAUUGGUUUGACUGGAAGCUUCCAGCUGGUCAAUUGGGGAAGGAUUUGGAUAUGAGUGAAGUUUAUGGACUCACUGUUCCCAAGAAAGUUCGUCUUCAUGUUGUUCCAAUUCCCUACUUUCCAGCUGCUUGAAUAUUAUCACCCAAUGGAAGAUCAUUUAUAAUAUAUAAUUUGGGGUUGCUACUUGUUCUAUGUAAUUUAAUUUCCUGUAUUUUUUUUUUUCUCUUGUUUGUAAUUGGCUUUUAAUGAAUAAAAUUGAAGCCAAAGUAAAUUUUAUAUAUAAAGGUAUACAGAUUUGUUUUAGCUCCU